AUGCUGACCAGCGUAUCUGACUCCCGCGGUUAUCCUUCUUUACUUUCUGAUGCUAUUCGAAAAAGUUAUGACAAUGCAUCAUCUGCUACAACUAAUCAAGUGGCACAACGGCAACGACUAGCGCCAUUAACAUUUGUAUCAACAUAUAAUCCAAAUAAUUUAGAUUUAUUCCCAUUUAUUCGAUCGUUAUUACCACAAAUGAACACACAAGAUCUGUUAAUCAGAAAGUUGAAAGAAAAGGAAUUUAGAAGAAAAUAUCAUCCAUCACUAAAUCCAGACGAUGAAGAUUAA